AUGACGAAGCAAUGGGCUAGCCCUAAUUUUGUAGUUAGUCCUCCAGCGGAGUUGAAAACCGACCUACAUGUGUUUAUCCAGGCGACAGAAUACUAUAAUGCUUGCAUCUACCCCGAUCUACUCCACAUCACUAGACUUGGUCAGAACUCUGCCGUAUACCAAAUCACACCUCCGAUCUUCCAGAUGGCGAUUGCGGCCCAUCCUGAUCAUAUCCGACUCGUGAUUGUCUGCAUGACUUUGAGUCACCGAAUGAAUCGUGCGAGAAAUGGACCCGAGUGCCAUGCGCUGGCGCGGAAUUUCUUUCACUAUCGCGGCCAGCUGAUUCGAUCUCUAAGCGAUGAUAUUAAGGCGGAACAUAAAUGUAUGAGCGACCUCGUCAUUGCAGGCAUCCUGACACUUUUGCUCGUUGAUUCCCAACAAGGUGCCUCGCCGCAUUAUCGAUGCCAUCUUGAUGGAGUACGAAGAAUCAUCAUGUUACGUGGCGGCAUACGUUCCCUGGCGCAAUCAACCGGCAUGGUGCCGUUACUUCUCUUCGUCGUGUUAACCGCCGUCAUGGGAGAUACUUCCUCGCCUGUACCUAAUUUGACCAUGGCGACCUUGCAUCUCGAGGAGCUUGACUUCAUGAUUGAACGGUAUGGCGAUCGACCAUUCGCCUUCGGGACAUGCCCAACGGCCCUAUUUGCUGAGAUCAUUAAAAUCAACUACCUUCGCGUCCGGGCCACGAAGAGUGACCCCGAAGCGCCCAGCGUCCUCGUCGACGAUGCGUAUGAAAUCCUUAACCGAAUCCAUGGCUUCUCUCCCGACCAGUGGGCCGAGCCCAAAUUGGCGUCCCACGCAGAAUGGGCCCUUCUAGGAAACAUCCACCAGGCGGCCGUGGCUCUAUACUGUAUACUUUCUCUACAAAGCUUAGCCAUCCUCCCUCAAAGCUCCUUCCUGCAACACCAUUGCAUCGCCCAUGCUCAACUUCUGCAGAGGCUUCUGAUUGACGCGUUGACUUCCCACCGAUUUGAAAGAUUCAUCAUCUGGGAUCUAGUGGUGCUCGGCGUGGCGGCAGUAAAUGACGCAGGAACCCGGUCUUUUGUACGGGAGCAACUACCACAGUUAAGUCGCUCUACCGGCACAUAUGCACCUCUCAUGGCGGAGACUCUUUUGGAGAGAUUCUGGGCGUCAGGCGAGACGCAUUGGGAUGCGUGCUUCGAUCAGCCUUAUACUUUUGCCAUGAAUAUGUCUGUGGAUGUUAGUGGAUUGCGGUAG